AUGGCUUGCGUGGAUGUCAGAAACGGCUCUGGGAGAACUGCACUGCAUUCUGCAAUUCUCUUUGGGCACACUGCAGCCGCGCAGAUGCUUCUCCAAUACGGGCCUGAUUUGAAUGCCAGAGAUCGUCGUGGAGACACUGCGCUGCACGAAGCUGCCAGAGCCGGACACGAAGAACUUACGAGAUUGCUCAUCGACCGGAAGGCGAAUAUUCACACUCAGAACCGGGAGAAUGAGACCGCUUUACAUGUGGCCGUGGCUUCGUCACGAAACGGAAUCGUACAACUUCUUCUUCGAGAGAAUAUUGAUCUUGAAGCUAAAGACUAUGGUGCCCGGACGGCAUUAUAUCGGGCGGUGCAGCAUGAGAAUUUGGUGCUCGUGAACCUGCUGAUCGAGAAGGGGACAGAUGUCCACUUGACUGAUGGCUAUGGCCGGUCUAUGCUUCACAUCGCCACGCUGGCCGGAAACGUUGGCAUUGCGACGAUGCUGCUUGAGACUGGGGUAGAUCUCUCCAUACCGGAUCAUUACGGAGAGACGGCACUCCAUCAAGCCGUACAGCGCUCACUCCCUUCGCUGGUGGAGCUUUUGUUGGAGAGGAGAGCUGACGUCAAUACGCCAGGCAGAUAUGGUCGAACGUUAUUGCAUAUUGCGGCCGUGAGUGGUUACGAUACCAAGGUUUUUGGCGUGAUCCCAUCGGUGCACUAUCUGCUGGUGAAGGGGCACAGGCGGGUGGCUAACCUACUAUUCCAUACAAACAUUGACCUUGAGGCAAGAGACGUUCAUGGAUGGACCGCGUUGCAUCUUGCUGCACAACAUGGAGAUCUUACUCUCGUGAAUGCGCUUCUUGAGAGAAAAGUGGACCUCCGUGCAAACGACUCUCACGGCCAUGUGGCAUUAGAUUUCGCGCAACAACACAACCACAAGGCAAUUGAAUGGCAGUUGCUCUCCAAACUGUAUCCAAAGACUGACAGCCGGCUACUCAAAGCAUCUACCGGAUCAUGA